AUGACAAAAGCCACUGAAACAGGAUUAACAAUUUUUGCCUUAUCAGCUAUAUAUUUUGCUCUCGUUACUGGUGUUAUCCCAAUUCCAGCUAAAAUACACGACGAAAUAUUGCCAUACUUGCCAUGGUGGGGAUUAGUUACAUUUGGAUCAUAUGCCUUGUCAACAUUAGGUUGGGGAAUUGUUACAUUCAAAGACAAAGAACAUAAAUACAAUGAAUUAAAAAUACAAAUCGAUGAAGCUAAAGAUUUCUACAAAACAAAAGGUAUUGAUUUGGAUUAA